CUUACGUGUCAUUUUUUGUCGUUAUGGGUUGCCUAAAAGCAGCGGUCACUCGCUCGUGCGUGGCCGCUUUAAAAUCCACUGGACUGGAGGAAACAGUACCAGCUAAGCUCGCAGCUCAAAGCUCAUUGUGUAAUAAUUGUAUAGCUUUUUGGGUGAAAAGAAGAGUCAGAUCGGCGAGCCUGAGAUGGGUUGGGGUUCGGUGUUGCUAUUCCUGGCGGUGGCUCUGCUUUGUCAGAGGACAAGUUCAAUCGGAGCUAACUGGGGCACACAGGCGUCGCACCCUCUUCCACCGGACAUAGUUGUGCGGAUGCUAAGAGAGAAUGGUAUUCAGAAAGUUAAGCUCUUUGACGCCGAGUACGACACUCUCAGAGCUUUGGGCAAAUCCGGAAUCGAAGUCAUGGUUGGUAUUCCCAAUGAGAUGCUUGCAACUCUCGCCUCUAGCCUCAAAGCUGCUGAGAAAUGGGUUGCUAAAAAUGUCUCUACUCACAUCUCCACCGACAACGUCAACAUCAGAUAUGUGGCUGUUGGCAAUGAACCUUUCUUGUCUACAUAUAAUGGGAGCUAUCUGAGUACUACUUUCCCUGCGUUGAGGAACAUCCAAAUUGCAAUUAUAAAGGCUGGACUUCAGAACCAAGUGAAGGUCACUUGUCCCUUGAACGCUGAUGUCUAUGACAGCUCAACCACUUUUCCUUCUGGAGGGGAUUUCAGAGCUAAUAUCCGUGAUCUCAUGAUCACUAUCGUCAAGUUCUUGAGCGAAAAUGGCGGCCCUUUCACCGUUAACAUCUACCCUUUCAUCAGUCUUUACAACAACCCCGAUUUCCCAGUCGAUUACGCUUUCUUUGAUGGCAAUUCACAGCCCCUGAACGAUGGUGGGACUUAUUAUUACAACAUGUUUGAUGCAAAUUACGACACUCUAGUGCACGCGCUGGAGAAGAAUGGGUUUGGUAACAUGCCUAUCAUAAUUGGGGAGAUUGGUUGGCCUACUGAUGGGGACAGUAACGCGAAUGUGGACUACGCUAGGAAGUUCAACCAAGGGUUCAUGUCUCACAUCUCUGGCGGGAAGGGGACUCCGAGGAGACCUGGCCCUAUCGAUGCGUAUCUGUUCAGCUUGAUAGAUGAAGACGCCAAAAGUGUUCAGCCAGGAUACUUUGAGCGACAUUGGGGGAUAUUCACAUUUGACGGCUUACCAAAAUACCUCUUGAACCUAGGAACAACCAACUCAGGAUCUCUGAUCCAAGCCAAAGGGGUACGUUACCUACAGAGGAAGUGGUGUGUGAUGAGGCCAAAUGUGAGGUUGGACGAUCCGCAGGUGGCUCCUAGCGUGAGCUACGCAUGUAGCCUCGGGGAUUGCACCAGCCUCGGGGUUGGGACGUCCUGUGCAAAUCUUGACGGGAAACAAAACAUAUCGUAUGCAUUCAACAGUUACUAUCAGAUACAGGACCAGCUUGAUACAGCUUGUAAGUUUCCAAACAUAUCAGAGGUGACCAAGACAGAUCCCUCUACUGGAACCUGCAGAUUUCCGAUUAUGAUAGAGCCUUACUACGGUGGGGCAGCCCGGGAACACAGCUUCUUCUUCCCACUACUGAUGGCGGCAGCUAUCGCAGUCUCUAUUUUUUGAUGGUUUCUUCUUGUCAAUUUGUAAUUCUGUGUGAUGGCUUGAACUCUUUUUUUUAUUAUUUUUUUUGAAUUCUGAUUUCUCUUCUCCAGACCAAGUGAUUAUUAGAACAGUUUUCAGGGACCAAA